GUGUGCAAUCGAUAUGCCAUCAGACAGAGAACACGUUGAAUCCAAAGAAUGCAUAUUGUACCAAUUAACAAACAUAUAGUGGGUAUGCGACAUAGAAUACUUGUUUAUAUAUUUUGUGAGCAAUAGAUGAUGAGGUGUAGUCGUUAACCAAGAAUUUAGUACCAAUGCUAUUAUUCUAUCGAAGCAUAUCCUUGAUGUCUAUCAUGAAUGCUUUAGGAGGAAUCUACGUUUUUAUAUGUAAAUUACAAGUGAACCAUUACCACUUCGCAUCUAAGGAAUAGCCGUAUUUGUUACACAUCCGUACAUAAGUUACCAUAUGUUACUCGAAGAAUACCGAAAGGUUGUUUUAGACGAACCUACUAUCAAAAAUAAUGAUGGUUAUGACGUGUUUGUACACGGGAGUUCCAUAAGUCCAGAUGGCUCCAUUUUCAUCGCAAUUUUUAGCGAUCGGCGUAUCGGUGUAUACCCAUUUGGCAAUGGUAUAGACAAUUCGUCUGAUGAUGUUGAUUGUGGAAUCUCUGAUGUGCUACGUCCAAGAUUCCACAUAAAAUCCAUCGAUGAGAUUAGAAGUGUCUGUUUCUUUCCGAAUUACCAUGAAAACAACCCAGAUUCAUGUUGUUUACUUACUGCUUCAAGAGGUACUCCGAUACAUCUAUAUGACACCCACAAGGGACAGCGUCAUUUUACUUUUAAACCUAAUAAUAUUAGAGAUGAAUUGGCAGAAGUAUAUUCUUUAAAUUUCCAACCGUUGGGGAAAUACUUCCUCGGGGGCAGCAAAUCUACAAUACAUGUAUUCGACAUAGAAAUGCCAGGACAUAGUAUAGAGGUACGGCCACUGUCUACCAGAAGCGGAAACAAAUUCGGAAUCGUAUCAGCAAUAAGCCACAACCCCUAUGCAGCAACAAUGUAUGCGUGUGGUGAUUAUAACUCAAAUAUUGGUGUCUUCGACCAUAACGAAUCUAGACAAAGAAGCAUCUAUGCGCCUUUCACAGAUGAUGAACAUAAACUUGGUCCUGUUACACAGGUUAAAUGGUUUGAUGAUCAUACCUUAUUGGUCGGAUCGCGAUCAGAUAAUCAUAUCCGAGCAUUCGAUAUUAGGGGAAACAAAUAUUCGCCAAUCAUGAGAUAUCAUAGACCAUCCAGAACCAACCAGCGAAUUACAUUCGACGUACGUAACGACCAAAUAGUGUCCGGUACUGAUGACGGCAAUUUGGUUAUAUACAAUGGGAAAACUGGCAAUGCUCUAACGAAAACAAAGAUCUGUGAUACCGUAGUGUCUAGCGCCAGUUAUCACCCUAAAUUGCCUGUAAUUGUCACAUCUAGAGGGACUAGGGUAUACAGUGCAUAUAAAACUGAUGAUAAGGAGAACAAAACAGCAAUUCAAUUGUGGAAAUAUGCAAUAGUAGAGAAAUAAAAUGAAAAUCGAUUCCCUUUAUAAUUCUGACAAUACGACACCUAGAACAUUGCACAAAAUCCAUAGGGGAGAUGAUAAACUGGAGGUCAGGAAGAGUUACAACU